CCCCCUGCGCCCCCGUUGCCCGUCGCUGGACGCCUUCCUCAUUUCCAGUUCGCCCUCCGAGACCCUUUCGCGAAAUCCUCCAUCGUUCACGGUCGAUUCACUCGCGGCAAGCCGCUCAGGCUCUGCGCAGUCUUCACGCGACCCCGCCCACGCCAAGCAUUCACGCUGCGCGCGACAGCAUUCAACGAGACUCAACACCACAUUGGGUCAUACCACUGGCGACUACGCGCUGUCUCUAAAUAAAAUCGCUGGACCUGCGAGGACAAAGUGAUACCUGUGUGGACCGGGCAAACAGGGCCACUUUCCAGUGCCUCCCUCUGUGUAUUACUUUAGCCCUUCUGAUGCCGUAGAACGAGAUUUGGGUGGCGUGCGCAAUCCUUUUCCUGGGCCUUUUUUAUUCAGACCUUACCCCCGAACAUCGCGCCGUAGAAAUUUGAAUCCCUGCCAUCAACUAUAUACUUCCAUCAUGGCCGAUGAACCAAGACGCUCCGGUCGCUCGACCAAAGGUCAGCACAAAAACCUCGACAUGAUCACCGAGACGCCCGCGAAAAAGACGAAGGCCAAAGCUCAGCCGAAAGAAAAGCCCCCGAAACCCUCCAUCGAACCGACGCCAGCUCCUAGCGAGGAAGAAGAGAUCAUUCGAUGCAUCUGCGGUGAAUACGAAGAGGAGGAGGAUGUUGAAAGAGACAUGAUCUGCUGUGAUCGGUGCUCUGCCUGGCAACACAAUGAUUGUAUGGGCCUGACAUACGCGAAGGGUGAGGAGCCCGACGAGUAUUUCUGUGAGCAGUGCAAGCCGGAGAAUCACCAGGUUCUGCUACAAAAAAUCGCGCUUGGUGAAAAGCCUUGGGAAGAUGCGGCCGAGAAGAGACGCAAGGAAGCCGAGGAAAAGAAGGCAUCCCGUCGCAGAAAGAGCAAGAAAGGUGGCCGAAGAGGCAGACCGAGCGAGCCCAAGUCAAGGGAGCCCAAGGUCAGCGAACCUAAGAUCAGUGAACCUAAGGCCAGCGAACCCAGAGCGAGCGAACCCAGGGUCAGUGAAACAAAGGCCAGCGAACACAAGGCUAGUGAGCCUAAGACGAGUGAACCCAAGGCCAGCGAACCCGAGGCUAGCGAACCCAAGGCGAGUGAGCCCAGGGCCAGCGAACCUAGGGCCAGUACACCCAAGGCCAGUGCACACAAGGUCAGUGAAGCCAAGGCCAGCGAACUGAAAGCCAACGAACCCAAGGCCAACGAGCCUCAGGCCAUUGAACCCAAGGCCAGCGAGCCCGAGACGAUCGAACCCGAGACGAGUGAACCCAAGGCUAGUGAGCGUAAGACCAGCGAGUCUAAGACGGAGACAAUCACACCAGCUCGUGCAGCAACCUCAUCGACACCUGCCCCAGCAUCCACUGUUUCGUCCGUUGUUCCUAUCGCACCAUCUCCAGCAACGACUGCAACACCAGUCCCUGAGAAAAACGGUCAUGUUCCGGAGCCGCAAUCGACAAGCGCUCAGAAGCGCAAGUUCGAUGAGCACCAAGAGGUGCAAGCCCCUGAACCGGGACCGAAAUCAAAGCAGCAGAAGAUGUCGCCCCCAGUGGCUACGCCUACUGUCAAACCGACUCAAGUGAAGAACGAGCCUAGUGCUCAACCUCCCCGGAAAGGCUCUGGCGGAGGAACAGCGGUCGCUGAUCUUACGCACGCCACACGGAAGAGCGUUGCUAAAGCUCUGAUCAACUUAUUUGGGGGUCUGAGUUCUGAUGCCCAAAAGGAGGGAUCUUUCAAACUCCCUGAAGGGUCCCAAUGGAAAUCGGCGGAGGAAUAUGCUCGGCAACUCGCUCUCUCGAUCGAGAGUGCUAUGUAUCAGAAUAUAUGCGGAGGAACUGGGGAUCCCUCAGAGGCGUAUAGGACCCAUAUGCGGACGAUCUUAUUUAACGUAAAGAAGAACCCUUCUCUACGGGACCGUCUGCUCGUAGGUAGUUUACUUCCUGAUACCCUCUCUAAGAUGAGCUCCGAAGACAUGGCCAGUGAGGAACUUCAGCAAAAGAAUGCUGAGAUCAAGCGGGAAGCCGAACGGCAGCAUAUCAUCGUGCAGGACCAAGGGCCUCGCAUUAGACGGACCCAUAAGGGUGAAGAGUUGGUUGAAGACGAUAACCACCUGGUCGCCAGCGAACCCGUCUUCUCGACGGCCGCCACGCGACGAAAUUUGGCUGAUGCAGAUGGCCAGAGCCCGACGAGUGCUGGGCCUGAUACCGAUGGCCCUCGCAAGCCCUCGACGGCGCAGGACGUUGAUACCAAGAUGACUGACAGCGUCACCACUCACCAUGACCACUUCCCCGCGCGGGCCCAUUCCCCUGGAGGCACCAGCCACGAGCAGGUGUUCCCAGAAGUCUCCGCUCAUAUUCGUGAGCAGCUGCCAACAGCCAGGGCUCAGGCCGAUGCCGAGAUCGAUCAGCUUUUGCGCGAUGACGAGCCCGACUCGCCGCCCUACUCGCCCAAGGAAUUCCACGAUGAAGGGUCCAUUUGGCAUGGCACGGUCGUCAUGAACCCUAUUGCGGAGUUUUCUUCCUUUGCAAGGCAUGUUGGAGGAGCGGACCUCAGUGGAAGGAUCCCCUGGAGCCAGCUUGCUCCGUCGACGCUACUGAUUGACGGACGAAUCGAUAUCCAACUAGCCAGCAACUACCUCUGCGGUCUGCGCUUCAGUUCCUCGACUGACGUGACCGUCAUCUCUAUCAGCCGUCCCGAUUCACCCAAAGAACGGGCUGGCUUUGACAAGUUGUUCAGUUACUUCCAGGAUCGCAAGAGAUACGGCGUGGUAGGCAUGCAUCCACUGCCCGCUGUCAAGGACACCUACCUUAUUCCUAUCGAAGCUGGCUCCACCAAGAAGCCCGACUUUAUCGAGCUUCUUGAAAACAACGCCCUCGAAGACCCAACACCAGAGCGGGUUCUCCUCGUGGUCUUUGCCGUCAAGACGGGCGAUUCGAACCCCCCAUCAGUUCAGCCUCCAUCACACAUUCCGAGCCAGGAGCCCGGUUCCUCUGCUAGUCCGCUGACCGUGGUUGCUGCAACGCCUCAGCAGCCCCAUUUUAUGACUCCUGGACCGCCGCAUGCGUCCCAGUUUACCCCCACCCCGGCGUCGUCAUAUGACGGGGCUUCUCAGACGCAUAAUCCUUAUGGAGAACAAGCUCAGCCGCAACAACCUCCCCCACCAGCCCCCCAGUUCGCACAAUAUCAACCUCCCGCGCAGCUCAACCAAACCCCUCUCACCGGACUCGCUGCAGCAGUGCAAGUGCUGGGUCCUCAAUCCAACUCUCCUGCUAUCCAGCAGCUCCUGCACCAAGCUCCCAAUGCAGAUGUCUCCCAGUUGAGCGUGAUCCGGGAUAUUCUUCUACGACGGCCAGAAGCCGGCUCGGAUUAUAAGAUGUUGAUGGAUGAGUUGCUGAUAGCAACCACGACCAACGGUCACGGUCCACAGCAGAAUGCAAGGUAGAGGUGGGGAUUCAUCACUGCUGUACAGUACAUCUUCUUCUCCGAUAUCUUCGCUUUCAUUUGCUUGCAGGUUAUCUUUGGGUUUGGUGUAAUUCUCACUGAUAUUCCCAUGUGCUGGGAACGGUUUAAAAGGGUAUUGGCGAUCACGGGACUUUGCAGCUUUCUUUUCUUUUUUCUUCUUUUUUCGCUUCCAGAAACGCGGGCUUUGUGAACCCAGCGAGCUGUGGUUUCAACAUCGGGGAUUUGUUGCCUUUUCUUAUCUUCUUUUUCUUUUCAUCUAUUUCCUUUCAUCUCCCUUUCUUUUCGCAUGCUGUUUACCAUGCGUUGAGUUUGUAUGUCAAAAUGAACGUCAUCCAAUAUAUUAUUUUUCUACAUGAAUACCAAUG